AGGCCUCCGCCGCCAUUAAGCCUUAAGAGCCCAAGCAGAAACGCCGUCGUUCGAUUCAAAAUAUUAACUAGGCAGAAAGCCACCAUAACCGGAAGGAGAAGAAAGAGAUGCGACAAUGGACAUCGGUAGGCAAAGAAGCCCUAAAUCAAAUCUCAACGGUGGCCAGAUUUCUCUGUUUACUCCAUGUCACCGACAACUACCUCUGCUCCCCUACGCUCGCGUUCGGUCCAAGCAUGCUCCCGACGUUGAACUUAACUGGAGACGUCAUAUUAUCGGAACAGGUGUCCCACCGCUUGGGACGAGUUGGUCCAGGUGACAUCGUGCUCGUCCAAUCACCUGUGGAUCCGGCAAAGAUCAUCACCAAGCGCAUUCUAGGUCUUGAAGGUGAUCGAGUCACUUUCCAUGAUCCUUUGACUGGUGACAGGUUUCGAACUGUCGUGGUCCCAAAGGAUCAUGUUUGGAUUCAAGGGGAUAACAUAUAUGCCUCCAAUGAUUCUCGAUAUUUUGGGCCUGUUCCCUAUGGUCUAAUCAAGGGGAAAGCAUUUUUCAGGGUGUGGCCGCCACAUAGCUUUGGACAAUUGGGGCCUUGAACUGGAUAAUAAUCUCAUACUGAAGGUACAUGAAAUUGAUUGUUGUAAACCAUAUAUGUCUCUGAGAUGUAAUGAAGGCAUCCAACAUAAUCCUGAACUCCUGCAACUCUUAGAAAGAUAGGAAGAUAAUCUCCUUUCCUGACAACAUGAAAGAAUUUUUUUGUUAAUUUUCGUAAACAAAUUUGAGGUGUGGUAUUCAAAUUCUUGAUGCUGUUAGUUAGUUGAAGAUUGGUCAGUCUUCUUGGAAACACAUUUCGAAGGUUAUUAGAAAAAUGACACCGGCUUUUCUUAA